AUGGGUAUAAACUCUAACAGAGUGGAACACUUCUCUGGCAAUCCAUGCAAUGAAACCACUGUUACAAUCUCAACAGAUGCAAUGCCACCAUUGGAAGUACACACAGUUUGUUUGCCACCACAUCAAACCACUCUUCAGAAACUUAGACAGAGAUUCUCUGAGAUUUUUUUCCCAGAUGAUCCACUUCACAGGUUUAAGAACCAAACAUGGUUUGCGAAACUGGUUCUGGGUCUUCAGUUUUUCUUCCCCGUCUUUCAGUGGGGACCUAGUUAUGGCCUCAAACUUCUCAGGUCUGAUAUCAUCUCUGGACUCACCAUUGCAAGCCUCUCAAUCCCACAGGGAAUUAGUUAUGCAAAGCUUGCAAAUCUGCCACCAAUAAUUGGGCUUUACUCAAGCUUUGUGCCACCUUUGAUAUACUCUGUCCUUGGGAGUUCUAGACAUCUAGCUGUCGGUCCAGUCUCAAUAGCCUCUCUUGUGAUGGGCACAAUGCUUAGUGAGAAGGCUGCUUUGGGUUUUCUAAGGUUAGGAUUUGUGAUUGAUUUUCUCUCCAAGGCAACUCUUGUUGGGUUCAUGGCUGGUGCAGCAAUCAUAGUUUCAUUGCAACAACUGAAAGGGUUGCUCGGGAUAGUUCACUUCACCACCAAGAUGCAGAUAAUUCCUGUUCUAUCUUCUGUUUUACGGCAAAAAGAUGAGUGGUGUUGGCAAACCAUAGUCAUGGGCAUUGGUUUUCUUUUCUUUUUAUUGACAACAAGACACAUCAGCAUGAGAAAACCAAAACUCUUUUGGAUUUCGGCAGCUGCCCCAUUAGCAUCAGUUAUUCUCUCAACCCUUCUGGUCACCCUCCUUAGAUCGAAGGCUCAUGGGAUUGCAACUAUAGGGCACUUGCCAAAGGGUCUGAAUCCACCUUCAUCAAACAUGCUAUAUUUUCAUGGCGCUUAUUUUGCAGUUGCUAUCAAAACUGGCAUUGUAACAGGAAUCUUAUCUCUCACAGAAGGAAUUGCAGUGGGAAGGACAUUCGCUGCUUUGAAAAACUACCAAGUUGAUGGUAACAAAGAAAUGAUGGCUAUCGGUCUUAUGAACAUGGCUGGUUCUUGCUCAUCCUGCUAUGUUACCACAGGGUCAUUUUCUCGAUCUGCCGUAAAUUACAAUGCUGGAGCGCAAACAGUGGUUUCAAACAUUAUAAUGGCAUCGGCUGUGCUCAUCACUCUGUUGUUUCUCAUGCCACUGUUUUAUUACACUCCCAAUGUCAUAUUGGCAGCAAUUAUCAUCACUGCUGUGAUUGGGCUAAUUGAUUAUAAGGCUGCCUUUCAAUUGUGGAAAGUUGACAAACUCGAUUUCUUGGCUUGCUUAUCUUCCUUUCUUGGUGUUCUUUUUGUCUCAGUGCCCCUUGGCCUUGCCAUUGCAGUUGGAGUUUCAGUUUUCAAGGUUCUCUUGCACGUUACCAGGCCAAACACUGUCAUAUUAGGGAAUAUCCCUGGUACGCAAAUAUAUCAAAGUCUUGGCAGAUACAGAGAUGCUCUAAGGAUUCCUUCAUUUCUUAUUCUUGCUAUUGAGGCUCCUAUAUACUUUGCAAAUUCAACUUACCUACAAGAAAGGAUAUUGAGAUGGAUUCGGGACGAGGAAGAGUGGAUAAUAGCCAACAAUGGAAGCACAAUGAAAUGUGUAAUUCUGGACAUGACUGCUGUGACAGCCGUAGACACGAGUGGUAUUGACUCAAUAUGUGAACUUCGAAAGGUGCUAGAGAAACGAUCACUUCAGCUGGUGUUGGCAAAUCCAGUUGGAAGUGUUAUGGAAAAGCUACAACAAUCAGGUGUCUUGGAGUUCUUCAGGUUGAAAGAUCUGUACCUGACAGUUGGAGAAGCUGUGGCUGACAUAUCAUCGUCAUGGAAGGCUCUGCCAUGAAUUUGUGUAGACGGGUACCGACCAAUCAAAACAGAAACAAAGAGGAAGAUCACAAGCACUGCUGUAUCUGCAGUCUAGAUUGAUUUAGUUUUAAGGAGAAGAUUUAUUUUUAUUUUUUUUGGUAGUUGUGAUAAGUUUAAGCCGUAACACAACAUUUUCUCAAAUGUUUUAGAAACUUUAAAUGCUGAGCUCUUCUAAGAAGAGAUUUUGUGUAUUAUGCACCUGACAAAUUGAUGUCAUGGGACUUUCAUUAUUACUAGUGACAUCUCUUCUGUUACAUUUGGG